AUGGACCCCGAGCUCCCGGAGGAGGCUGUGGGGAGGCGGGUGUCGUGUGGAGGGGAGCGGGCCACGGUGCGGUACGUGGGGCCGGUGCCUCCCACGGAAGGUGUGUGGCUCGGAGUGGAGUGGGACGAUCCAGAGAGAGGGAGACAUGACGGGGUCCACGGGGGAGUACAGUACUUCACCUGCAGUCCUGGUUCUGGGUCUUUCGUGCGGCCUCAGAAGGUGUCCUUUGGUCUGGACUUUGUCUCGGCGGUGCAGCAGGUCUAUCACACCGACACAGAGGAGAUCCUGACGGAAGACAUCUGCUUCUCCUCCAAGAGACUGGAGUGGGGCCGCCUGAAGGUCCCCAGCCUGCACAGUUCCACCUCCAUCCUCUUGAAUCGCUGUGAUGUGAACGGAGCAGGAGAGGGCGGAGCCAUCAGGAGGACCACCCCCAAUGUGCAAUGGUUGGACGUGAGCCGCAGUCUGAUUGGCCGCUGGGAGGAUGUAGCGGCGAUCAGAGUUACAAGACAAAAGCAAGCGCAAUGA